CCAACAAUGGAAAAGGGCUUCUUCCAUUGGGCUGUGCACCUGCCGCAGCUCAAAGAGCUCCAGGGAUGGGGCUCUUCACCAAGAAACAUCGAGAGUCAACCUUUGGCAGCGCUCUUGGGCAGCCCCACACUGCUGCAGCUGCCAGCACCAGCGCCCGUGGGCAUCAGGAGCCAGAGCAGAGCAAGCUGCACCGCGCGGCUGCCAGCGGUCACCUGGCCUGGCUAAGGCAAUGGCGCUGGUGGAUCAAGGUUUGGGGCGUCGACCGCCGUGACAGCGAGAAUCGGACACCUCUCCAUCUGGCGUGUGCAAACGGCCACACAGCAGUUGUCAACUUCUUACUCGGGCUGCACUGUGAGCUGAAUCCUGUUGAUAAUUUCAUGAAAACACCACUGAUGAGAGCAGUAGAGGUCCAAAACGAAGACUGUGCGAUUUUUUUGCUGACGUUAGGUGCCCGCGUAAAUAUGGCAGAUGCUGAUGGCAACACAGCCCUCCAUCUUGCUGUCCGGUCUCGCAAUGUAAACAUGGUGAAGCUGUUACUGGACCAUCACGCCAAUCCUGCUGCCAAGAAUAAGGUAAUCUUUUCUAUUUCUUCAGGAAGUCCUUCCAGAAAGUUGCGUGCCUAUUUCUCAUGAAGACUUUUUUGG